UUACGAGUUACCGCAUCUUGGAAGUCGACACGACCACGCUCGACGAUACAUACAAAAGUCUUAUUUUCGUCUGGUCUUCUCGGCCCAACUCAGAUUGGUGUAGCGUCGCUUCCUCUGCGAAACCUUCUCCCGUUUAUUAAACUUAAACUUUCGAGACGAAUCUGAAUUACACCGACAAAGUAACCUUAAAUUACUCUCGCCAAUGCCGCUACGAAGGGUCGAUUUCUUGUUUUCGAUAUAAGCCUCUACGGGCAUCCGCACGUUCGAGUCUUAUCGAGGAGACAUCUCGUACUUAUCAUGUCGUUCGGCGUCGCAGUUCAAUCCGCCAUAUUCUAUGUCGUAUCUUGUGCGCCAUGUCUUCAGGCAAGACAUCACCAACAAUCCAAGGCGCUGGCCAAGAAGGAGCGUGAGAUAAAAGCACGCAUCCAGGCCGAGAACCCCGGGUCAUACCGCCACCCGGACCCCUUCAAUACAAACCCGUACUGGUCGGAGGAGAUAAUGAUGGGACCCAGCCUACAGUCAAAAAAGUAUGCAGGUGGUAAUAAGAAUAAUAGCCAGAAGCGCCUGAAUAGUUCUGGCAAGGAAAGUGCAAGCGUUGCCGAAAGCACCACGCAAGUCGACAGCAUGAGUCCGGUGAGCAGCCACACCGCCGUGGCAGAAGAUGGCAAGCUUAGUUUCUCAACAACUUUGUCCGACGAUUGGAACCGAAAACGUUACCAGAGGGAGGAUGAAGAGUUAUGGGGUCAUGAACUGUCUCGUACAGGUCAUAAACUGAUGGACGCGAUUAAGCACGCGGGUUCAUCAGCUGGUCGACUUUUAGAAACAAGAUUGGGGAUGGAGCCGAAGCCUGUUACUGAGGAAGACAGACAUAACUUCUAUUUCGCGCCGAGGAAUCCUCCCGUUAACGAGUAUCACCCCCCGAUUGUGUGUCAGAAGCCCACGCACAGAACCGCCAACAUGUGGAUGUUGCAGCCACCGCCGCCUGCAAAGGUCAUGGAGGGCAAGGUGCCAGUUAGUAGGAGUGGAAGCAUGGCUAGUCACCUCAGUCGUAAGACGACGGCGGCAAGCGAGUCAGCUAGCUUGAGCCGGCUGGUUCACGAAAGGACGGUAGAAGCUAAACUCAAGAGCGGUGAGUUGCCGACGGAUUUCGAAUCUACCUCGACACUUCAAAAGACCGUUUCGAGGAAAAAUACAUCGAGCCGAAGACAACGCAGCCGUCGAAGCACAAGGAGUAGGAGCUUAUCAAUAGAAUCAACCGACACUUCGGACGAAGCCACACCGCGGAGAAAGCACCGAGUGCGCCCAAUAGCCAUCGUUGAUUCCUCCGAGUCCUCUUCUUCGGACGACGAAGAAUUUUUCUUGAGGAGCUCGAAUUCUUUUGGACGUGGGAAGAGAGCCGCUCGACGACCAACACUACGAUCCAUACCGAGCACGCAGGAAAACGAGAAGAACUCGAAAGAGAACGUGUCAACGAAAACUAAAGGCGAUCAGAAGCUCACCCGGUCCGCAAGCUCUGCACUUGCUACUGUAACUAGCGCGUCGCAACUGAACCGGGUCUCGUCGACUUCUAAGCCCAGUGAAAGGACUGUACAAAAAGAUACGCCAGAGAAGCCUUCGUCGAUGGCGCUAGGACCGCCGCUGGAGGCCGCUUCAUAGAGUCGUUGGAACAGACAGCUAGUUGAAUCAGACAGCGGCG